UUAGAAAACAUAUGUAAAACCAAACUUCAAUAUGAUAUUAAAAAAACUAAAUGUUGGUACGAGAGCAAUUGCCGCUCAGUUGAAGUAUUCUACUGAAGCUGCACAGACAGAGCCGCCGGUAUUUUUGGAGGACAGCGCAGAAAAUGUUAUAUCUUGUGACAAGUCUGGUUUGCGGCCGCAACACAAAAAUGUGCUCUACAACAGAAGACCGUAUGAGGAGCCAAAUUCUUGGAUACACAUGACAGAAAAAUACCAAAGGCAAAUGUAUGGACGUUACGGUGCUGAGGCUCAAGUGAAUCCGAGAAUUUGCUUUGGAACUGCGGCCGACAAAGCUAAAGCACAAAAAUUUCAGACAAUUACGCAACAUGAAACCCUGCUGCAAAUGAUGGAGAAGGCCGCUAUCAACAAAGCAGCACAAUUGCAGGCUGUAAAGGAACGAGAAGAUAGCAUACAAAAGAAACUUGAAAAACUGGAGCAGUGGAAGGCAGAUCUUAACGCAAAGGUACAAAAGCGCAAAGCAGAUGCGGCGGCUGCAAUUGAACGUAAGGAACGUUUGAUUGAGGAGGUUCGCCGGCAUUUUGGUUUUAAGGUUGAUACACGAGAUGAGCGUUUCAAAGAGUUGCUAGAGCAGAAGGAGAAGGAAGACAAGCGAAAGCAAAAGGAGGCAAAGCGAAAGGUUAAAGAAGAAAAGAUGAUGGCAAAAUUAGUUAAACAAUCAGAUGCAUAGAAUUGAACUUUAGUACAUAGAGUGUCUGUUAAUUACUUUUAUAAAUUGUGCAUCAACAUUAAAAAGUU